UUCAGUCUUUGGGUGACUGCGGUUGAGAGAAGACAGUCGUUCUAGUGUGUUGUUAUGUAAAUAUGGUGAAAAGGGAAGAAACCAUUUUGGUUAUUCCGACGAUGGCGCGCACUCCGUUGAAAUCGUCGUUUUCGAUUAGCUCGAUUUUACCGGAAACGGCUCUGGAAGCCCCGAAGAGUCCGGAGGAAAAUGUGAGUUCGAUGCAGGCGUCUGAAACCGAAAUGAGCGACUCCGAUUGUGAUUUGGAUGUCACCGGGACACCUCCACCUCUGGAUUGUUCGAAAAGUUCGCAAGAAAGCAAAGACAACGAAGACAAAAAGUGUAAAGAAAAACCUCCAUAUAGUUACAACGCUUUAAUCAUGAUGGCUAUCCGGAAUAGUCCAGAGAAGCGUCUAACCCUCAACGGAAUCUACGAAUACAUCAUGAGGAACUUCCCGUAUUAUCGCGAAAACAAGCAAGGCUGGCAAAACUCAAUCAGACACAACCUCAGUCUAAAUAAGUGCUUCGUGAAAGUCCCUAGGCACUACGACGAUCCAGGGAAAGGUAACUACUGGAUGCUCGACCCUUCCGCCGAAGACGUUUUCAUUGGUGGCACUACUGGCAAGCUCCGAAGGAGAUCCACAGCGGCUUCUAGGUCUAGACUAGCAGCUUUCAAACGCACCAUAGCUCUUGGAGCUUUCUACCAACCUCUGCAGCCGUUUCCGCCCCCAUAUGGGGCCUUUUACCCUGGUAGUCCAGCAAUGCUGGCAGCUUCAGUCUACCAAAGGUACAAUCCCUACCUGCAAGCAGCGUCUAUGCUUCCAAAGCCGACUCCGCUCAUGCCCCAGCAGUCCUUCAACAUGGAGAGGCUUCUGGCACCGUCUUCUGACGUUUCGUCGACACCCUUCUUCAGGCAACCUCUGGAUCUGUACAACAAUUUCCGGAUACCGCAACAUCCUCAGGUUUUACAACAUCCAGUUACUCUUUCGCCGUCGAGUACGUCCAGCUCGCCGGAACCCAGGAGGAGUCCUGAUAGCUUGUUUAAACCCGUUACGGUGAUUUCGAGGCAGAGUUGAUAUUGACUGAUGGGUUAGGGACACGAAGCUUUAAUUGAUGGACUUUGGUUUGUGUUCAAACUCUUAUUUUGAUCUCAUUAGAAACGUCCACUUUUUUCUACGUUUUUUAUUUGCUGUGCAAAUUUUAUUGUAAAUAGUUUUGUAAAGAUUGUACCUAAAUCAAGGAUAUAAGUAGAGAGAUUAUGUGAUGUACCUUCGAUAUAAUUGUUU